CUCUCCAACAGAGUGCUCAGACCUCAGAGUGACUGAGUUGUUUCGGUUCUUCCUUAUCUUUACUUGACAUUCAAACUAGCAAACAGAGAAGGAAACAUUUACCACCAUGAUGUUUCCCUGCAGCGCUCUGCCGCCUCCUCUCUGCCCGGCUUUAAUGCGUCCUCCUGCGGCUCUCUCCUCGCCCCUGGCCCGCUCACUCCCCUCGGGAUUCCUGGUAGAAGAUUUGCUCCGGUUGAGCCAGCCGGUCAGCUACAUCCACCGGACCAUCACUUCCAGAAGUCCCGCGGACAUGUUCCCCCUCAGCCCAGGGCAGGGCGCUUCUCACCGGGCGUUGGGACCCAGCACAGAGCGGUCAGUGCCGCAGAGUUCUAGCCAGGCGAGUCACGGCAGCCCCGGCUCCCCUCAGACGUCCUGCCCGGACUCGGGGUACCUGAAGUUCGGCGUCAGUGCGAUACUAGCCCCGUCCACACGGAGCGUUCAGAGUUUUCAGACGAAGUCAUUCCCUCUGCCGUUCUUUGACGGAAGUCUUCACCCUUUUCUCAGAGCAUCUUACUUCACAGCCUCCUCCUCUGUGGUUCCUGUCCCUGGCACAUUUUCAUGGCCCCUGGCCCCCAGAGGGAAGCCCAGGAGGGGCAUGCUGCGGCGGGCUGUGUUCUCAGACCUCCAGAGGAAAGCACUGGAGAGAACUUUCCAGAAGCAGAAAUAUAUCAGUAAACCAGACAGGAAGAAACUGGCCAGUAAACUGGGACUGAAAGACUCACAGGUGAAGAUCUGGUUUCAGAACCGCAGGAUGAAGUGGAGAAAUUCCAAAGAGAGAGAGUUGCUAUCAGCAGGUGGCUGUCGUCAGCAAACCCUCCCCACUAAAACCAACCCCCACCCAGACCUCACUGACGUAGGCAGCACCUUCUGCCAGAGGCUGGACAGGACUGCACCCACCAGCCAAUCACAGCUGGAUAGUCGGGAGUCACAUCAUCAACAACAUCAUCCUCAUCAGCAGCGCAGUUCUUCCUCGCCAUCAGAUUUAAGUAAACAGUCAGAGUCAGACAGUGAAGAGAUCACAGUCUCGUGAAGCUAUGGACGCUGUAUGACUGAUGUAAAUAUCAGGAGUGAUGGACAUAAACAGCUGUGUUUUCUCAGCUUCCCCUUCAUGUCAGUGCCAUAU